AUGGAUGUCACCAAGUUGGAUGAAGAAGAAUUGUCAUAUGAGUUGAGAGUCAGAGGAAUAGCUGCCAUGACCAAUGUAAAUGAAAUGAGGAGUGUUCUGCGUGGUCUGUUGAGAAUUGAAGUUGAGGGCAAUUCAUUAAUAAACACUGACAGUACGGUUUCAGUAGUUGAUGUAAAAAGUGAAGUGAAGACGUGCGUUAAAAAGUUACAAGUUAUCAAUGCAAUGAUUGACAACAUUCAAGGGGACAGGUACAGCGAACAGUAUAGAUCAGCAGAUGCAAAACUAUGUCAUUUAAUGAAUCGUGUAGAUAAGAUACCAGCUGUUGAAAAACGAGAUCAAAAUGACAGGUCUAAUUUAUUGAAAGGAAUAUUAUUUUUAAUGAGAAAAAUGGAAGGUAUGGCAUCUAAUACAAGUGUUGUUGAAACAAAUACAAAUCAAAAUGGUAACACAGCUGGAGCGGGUUCUGUAGUCUUAUAUGAGAAAACAACUACCACAGAAAUGAAUUCAACUUAUGGAUAUGCUGAAUCUGCUGCUUCAGAUGAAGAAGUUGGAACAGAGUAUUUUGUCCAACAAGGUGUAGCAAUAAAAAGCUUAAGUAAAUUACACAAAGGAUCCAAGAGUCAUAAAAAUGCAGAAACUCAUUAUACAGGAUUAUUGAGAAUUAUGAAAUAUAGAAAUGCUAAAUUUAUUGAAUGGAAGCCAACUGAAAUGUCUAUAUUUCCUGAUGUAGAUGAAUGGAAUAUAGUUGAUACAGGAUACAAACAAAAUGGAAGAAAUAAAAAUGAUCGUAAUAGUAUUGAUAUAAAAAUUAACUUGGCUACAAUGAAGAGUUAUAAAAUGAAAAAACAUAAAAAAUAUCAAAUAUCAAUACUCCAAACUAAUGGUUCACUUGUCACAUUUUUGUUUGAAAGCUCACCUAUUAAUGAUUUUGUGACUGCGUUGAAGACUUUACUUCAUACAGAAAAAGAAAUACGACACCACAGACCAACUGGAGUCAUUUUGGUAUUAGGUGAGCGACAAGAUUCAGACCCUCUGUGUCAGUCAAUUAAAGAGUUAAAAAUAUUUCCUGAUCAACCACCCACUAGUACAGUCUGGAGUUUUAUUAGUGGGUUCCAAAACAAUCCUAUGGAAAAAACUUAUGAAACAUUUGCAAAAAUUAGUGAUGUUCUAUUGACUCGGACGCCAGAUACAAGACCAGACCAAGAAGUGGCCGAACUCUUAAAUAGAGCUGAGGAAGAUGACGAAUAUACCAUGGUGGAUCAUCCCCCACCAACUUUAUUGCCACCAAGACCGGGAAUAAAGCCAAGAGGAAAUCCAUUAGAUCAAACCACAUUUUAUCAAUCUAUGAAUGAAGAGGGUCGAAUAACAAAUGAAGAUUACAUCAAAAACAUAAUUUUUUUUGGAGGUUGUGAAAAUUCAAUAAGACACGAAGUAUGGAAGUACUUACUUGGAUAUUAUCCUUGGAAUUCUACUCGAGAACAACGUAUAAACAUUGAUAGGCAACAAAAAACUGAAUAUGAGAGAAUGAAAAUACAAUGGAUGAAUAUGUCUUCUGAUCAAAUAUCUAGAUUUAAUAAGUAUAGAGAUCAUAAGAGCCUAAUAGAUAAAGAUGUUUAUAGAACUGACCGCGCUCUAGAUUUUUAUGCUGGAGAAGGAAAUGAAAAUCUUAUUAAACUACAUAAUGUAUUAAUGACUUAUGUUAUGUACAAUUUUGAUCUCGGUUAUGUCCAGGGUAUGAGUGACUUAUUAUCACCAAUAUUAAUGAUAAUGAACAGUGAUGAGGUAGAAUCAUUUUGGUGUUUUGUGGGUUUCAUGAACAGAGUUAAUACAAACUUUGAAUUAAAACAAACUGGCAUGAAAAAACAGUUAAACGAUUUGCAUUAUUUGCUUACAACUGUAUCACCAAAAUUGGAAAAUCAUUUGAAAAAGAUGGAUUCUAGCAACAUGUACUUUUGCUUUAGAUGGCUUUUGGUUUUGUUUAAACGAGAAUUUAUUUAUACUGACAUCAUGCGGUUGUGGGAAGUAUUAUGGACAGAUAUUCCAUGUGCAAAUUUCCAUUUACUAAUAUGUGUGGCAAUAUUGGAUAAUGAAAAGGAUAUUAUUAUCAAUGAAAAUUAUGGACUAACUGAAAUAUUAAAGCACGUUAAUAAUUUAUGUGAACGAAUUGAUUUGGAUAAAGCUUUAACUACAGCUUAUAGUAUUUAUGAACAGUUGAAAGAAGCGCAGCCAUCAUUGCAAGAUUCAGUUAAUGAAUUACUUGGAUUUUCGAUAUCUCGCACUGAAUCUAUAUUAUCUAAUGACAGCAAUUCUAGAGAAGAUGAUUAUGAAAAAGCCUUAUCGAUGAAUUAUACAUAAUAAGUAAUAACUAAACAGUUUAUGUUUAGAAAGAUAUGACUGUGAUCAAAGUAAAAUUUUAUAAUCUCAUAGUUUUAAACCUUUUAAAGAGAUUAUAUAAAAU